UAUUGACUUUGUUGAUGGCCUUGAUAAGACCAAAAGAAUUGUAGAAAAUGGGUGAGCAUAAAAGGGUUAGAUCUCAGUCGGUUAAUAGCAUCCUCCACGAGCUCAGUCUUCUCACGAGAACUACAAUGAAAGCUACGAUUGCUUGCCUUUUGGUGUUGGCUGUUGCCGCACAAGCUCAAUACUUUGGCACCUACGGAUACGGACUUGGUGGAUAUGCUGGACUUCCUGGAUAUUACGGAGGAUACUACCCCUACACCGGAGUUCGCACUGCUGCCGUCCCUGCUUCCUACCCCGUUGCUUAUGGCUACCCCGCUAUAUCCGCCACUCAGUAUCACGCCCAGGAUGAGUUGGGUCAGGCCCGUUUUGGUUACGCUCACCCCGGACAGGCCGCCACCAACUAUCGUGAUGCUUUCGGCAACCAAAUCGGCAGCUACGCUUACUUCAAUCCCGAGGGCAAGGAAGUCCGUGUUUCUUACACCGCUGACUCUCGUGGCUUCCGUGUCUUGUCCAACGACCUUCCCGUCGCCCCAGUUGCCAAUUUGGUAGCUCCCGUUCAGGUCCAGGACACUCCCGAGGUAGCCAAAGCCAAGGCUGAACACGCUGUGGCCGUUGCAGCUGCUAAGGCUGCUGCUCCCGCCGCCCCAGCUACGGACGCCCGCGUGAAACGGCAAAGCGGAGCAGCUCACCCAUUCCCUGCCCAUGUUGGUGUUGGUCAGAUUGGUGGAGCUCAUCCCGGCCCUGCCCAUGUCGGUGCUGGACAGAUCGGCGGAGCUCAUCCCGGCGCUGCCCAUGUUGGAGCCAAUCAACGUGGUGGAGCCCAUCCCUGCCCUGCUUUCGUCGCUUGUUAAGAAAUGAAUAUAUCCGGGUCGUUUCGUUCAAAUUUUGAUUAUUUUUUUAUUCCUUGUUUUUCAAUUGAUGAUUAAACUGUUCGUCGAACUACA